AAGUCUGAGGUUCGUGCUUAUGGCACGCCAAGUGUAACAAAAAUAAAUAGCGCUAUAGGACGUCAUAAAGUAAGGGAAAACGUCAUGCAUGCAAGACGUGCUGUAAUCGUUACAAGACGUGCUGUAACGUUACAAGACGUGCUGUAAUCGAGUGCGAGGCUCAAGGUCAAAAGGUGACUGGGUGUUCAUUAAUUAAAAUGGUUGAUCAAAGAGCUGGAGCUGGAGAUCGAGUGUGGGGAUGGGAAACAUUUCUCCAAGAAAUGGAGACUUUCCUUACUACGGUAGAUAGAGAAAUCGAUUAUACUCAGUCUACUAGUUAUGCCCAGUUCGUUAUUGAGAGGUUUGAGGUUUGUAUACAUGCUCUAUCUUCCCUUCGUGUACAAAUUGAAGAUGAUGGCGAUGAUGAGACGAUUGAAGUUUGCACGGCAUUGAAGGAAAUAAUGGACAGUUGUGUGUUGCUCAAGACAAUGUGGUACACUCGACUUGAUGAGUUGGAUGCACACACAGACGGAGGCUACCAAGUUCCCCAGGUUGCUAGGAGAGUAGGACGUGGCCGUCCCCAGCUAUUUAUUUGUCAAGACCAGUUGGAAUACCUAUGUAGUUUAAAUUUCACUUGGACUGAGAUUAGUAAACUAUUGGGUGUCUCUCGAAUGACUAUCUAUAGAAGAAGACGGGAGUUCGGCAUUCUAGAUGUUCAUAGUGCUGCAAGAAGUAUAAGUGACAGUGAUCUACGUACAAAGCUCCAACAGGUGCGUCGAGAAAUGCCAAAUAUGGGAGAGACACUGGUGAUUGGGCGACUACGGUCAUUGGGAUAUGCUGUCACUAGACAAAGGGUGCGUAAUGCUAUCCACGCAACCGAUCCCCUGAAUGCAGCUCUGAGAUGGAGAGGAAUCCUCACUGCUCGGCGCCCUUACUCUGUUCCCUCGCCCAACUCUCUAUGGCACAUGGAUGGCCACCACAAGCUUGUGAGAUGGGGCAUGGUAACGCACGGGGCUAUUGACGGAUAUAGCAGACUCGUCGUGUUUCUUCGCUGUAGCAAUAAUAACACUGCCGAAACAGUUUAUAAUCUCUUCCUUUCAGCUGUCCAACGGUUUGGACUACCGUCAAGAAUGCGAUCUGACUACGGUGGUGAAAAUUAUCGUGUAGCAGCACAUAUGCUAGAGAGUAGAGGAUAUGACCGCAACAGCAUGAUAACUGGCAGUUCCGUGCACAACCAGCGGAUUGAGCGCCUCUGGCGCGAUAUGCAUCGUUGCGUAACAGUGAUAUUUUACAAGUUAUUCUAUUACCUAGAGCAACAUGGUUACUUGGAUCCUGAUAACAUGUUUCAUCGGUAUUGUUUACAGUACGUCUAUCUUCCACGUAUCAACCAGUCACUGAAAGUAUUUAUGGAGGGUUGGAACUGUCAUGGGGUUCGAACGGAACACAAUCUAACACCACAUCAAUUAUUUGUACGGGGAGCACUUCAAAUGCAGAGAAGAGGACUUCAAGCCCUAGACUUUUUCGAACAUAUUGAUGAAAUGUAUGGUGUAGACGAAGAAAUCAGUACGGGUGAUGACGAUUACACAGUUCGUAUACCCCCAAUUGGUCUUGCAUUGUCUGAUGAGAAUAUGGCUUUGUUGAAGGAAAGAGUAAAUCCUCUGGCAGACAGCGAUAAUUUUGGGAUAGAACUGUAUGUUGAAACACUUACUUUUUUACGUACUUUGAUUAACUGAGAUUUGUUAAUGAAUGUGCAGUGUGUAAUGCCAGUAAUAAUUACAAAUUUAUA